UGGAACCCGUUACAGAGAUCGAAAACGAGAACGAGGCCGCGACCGUGACAGAAACAGAGAGAGCGAUCGUGAGUUUCGUGAACGUGAAGAUAAAGCUAGGGUUGAGAAAUUAAAAAAGGUAGAGCGUGAGAAGGAGAUUAACGCCAUGAAAGAGCAAUACCUAGGAACCACAAAACCUAAGAAGAGAAUCAUCAUGAAGCCAAGCAAGAAGGUCCGUUUCGAUUGGGAGAACACUGAAGAUACUUCGAGUGGAGAUAUGAUCAAUGCUCUUUACCAAAACCCUCACGAAGCUCAGCUUCUGUUUGGGAGAGGGUUUCGUGCGGGGAUUGACCGUCGUGAGCAGAAAAAAAAAGUGGCGUCUAAGCAUGAUGAAGUAGAUAAGCAUUGGAGCGAGAAGAAGUUAGAGGAGAUGAGUGGAAGAGACUGGCGUAUUUUCAAGGAAGAUUUUAAUAUUUCUUACAAAGGAUCCAAGAUUCCUCAUCCAUUGAGGAGUUGGGAAGAGAGUAAACUUAGUCCUGAGCUAUUGAAAGCUGUGGAAAGAGCUGAUUACAAGGAACCUAAACCUAUUCAAAUGGCAGCUAUACCUUUAGGGCUUGAACAACGAGACGUUAUAGGCAUUGCAGAUACUGGUACAGGCAAAACCAUGGCUUUUGUUCUGCCAAUGUUAUCUUACAUAUCAAGGUUGCCACCAAUGAAGGAAGAGAAUCAGAGUGAAGGUCCUUACGCUUUAGUUCUGGCUCCUACACGAGAGCUUGCAAAACAGAUUAAAGAAGAGACGGCUAAGUUUGCUCGUUAUUUGGGGUUUAAAGUGAUCUCCAUCGCUGGUGGUGAGUCAAUUGAGAAACAAGCGUUGAAGCUAUCACAAGGAUGUGAGAUUGUUAUUGCUACGCCUGGUAGAUUGAUAGAUUGUCUUGAGAGAAGGUACGUGGUGUUGAACCAAUGUAACUAUUUGGUUCUUGAUGAAGCUGACCAUAUGAUUGACUUGGGUUUUGAGCCACAGGUUGCACAAGUGUUAAACGCAAUGCCUUCGAGUAAUUUGAAACCAGAGAAUGAAGAUGAAGAGCUCGAAGAGAAGAAGAUUUACAGAACUACGUAUAUGUUCAGUGCCACAAUGUGUCCUGUAUUAGAGCGUCUGGCUAGAAAAUACUUGCGGAAUCCAGUUGCGGUUACUGUCGGAAAAUCCACAAAGUUGGUCACUCAACAAGUGAUCAUGAUCAAAGAAACAGAAAAGUUUUCCAAGUUGAAGAAACUGAUCGAUGAGCUUGGUGAUGAUAAGUCAGCGAUCGUGUUUGUGAAUACCAAGAUCAAGGUUGAUUACAUUGUUAAGAAUCUAGAAAAGUUAGGAAAGUUUCGUGUGACGACAUUGCACGCAGGUAAGUCGCAAGAACAGAGAGAUGUCAGCUUAGAAGGAUUCAUACAAAAGAGAUUCAACGUGCUUGUUACAACAGAUGUUUUAGGCCGUGGGCUUGAUAUUCGUGACUUGGCACACGUCAUCAACUACGAUAUGCCUAACACGAUAGAUACGUAUACGCAUCGGAUUGGACGAACAGGACGAGCAGGGAAGAGCGGUGUUGCGACAACGUUCUUGACUCUUGAGGAUAAAGAUGUGUUUUACGGUCUGAGGCAGAAGCUUCUUGAGUGUAAAAGUACGGUGCCACCUGAACUUGCGAGACAUGAAGCCUCUAAGUUUAAACCAGGAACCGUUCCUAAUUGAUUCUCUUAAUUUUAGGGAUAUGGUGUUACUGCUACUAUCGGAA